AUGCCUUCAGCUGCGAAUGCAAAGUCUGAAAAACCAGCUUCUUCGGAAGCUACGGAUAAUUCACCAAUACGACAGAUAAUGACCAUUAUUGAACAUAAAAUCCGAAACUUGGAGAAAAGGAAGGGCAAAUUAACAUCGUACCGUGAUUUGCAAAAAGCCGGUAAGGAAUUAAACAGUGAUCAAAAGGAAGCGGUUGCCAAGUAUGACGAGGUGGUUAUAACACUAGAGUUCGCCAGAGACCUCUCGAAACAAGUGGCUCUGAUAGCUAUAGCGUCAGAACGUGAAGCUAAGAAACAAGCUAAGAAGGAUGCCUGGGUUCGUUAUACUGCAGACACGAAUAAAAUACGUGAAGUGCUCCUUAUAUUGGACUGCCUCAUGCAGUUGGGGAAUGCAGAAGUUAGAGACGACUUCCUCAAUGGUACCAACGGUGCAGUUAAACUGACGGAGCAGGAUUUAAAAAUCUUAGAUGAUUUGUAUCCCGAAGUGACCCCAAAACAUGAAGUCAAUGAAGAAGGCCAGCCUGGUUUUCAUGCGUGUACAAUAAAAGCCGCGGAACAUCUGUAUGCUAUUAUUGACGGCAAACCCAAAGAAGUUCUGGGCACCACAUACGCUCAUGUCAAGGAAAUAGUCUCGGCAGUACAUGAGUGUGGCUACUUUGAUAAAUCUGCUGACGUUGUUCCCGAACCUGAAGAGAUACAGAAUGUGUGUGAAGAAGCACCGGAACCUACCGAGGAAAUUGAGGAAAAUGAGCCUGCACCAAUGUACGCGGCCCCUGUACCUAUGUCAGCCCCACCGGCGGCUGUAGUUCCCGCCCCGGGAUAUCCUCUAAGACCGAUUCCCCCAAUCACCCUUCAAGAAAUUGAGAAUGCCUAUUUCUCACAACAAUAUCCCCAACAGAGGCCUAUAUCUGAAGUGAUAGGCUCCCAGAACUUCUUCUUCCUACAAGAAUCUGAGAUCGACAGCCCCGUAGGCACCCCACAACCUCCACAGAUCAUGAACCAGCCUUCCCCACCAGGACCUAUCCCGACACAGACAUUCACCAAUCAACACUUCGUCCAACUCCCCGGAGGUCGUGUUCCCGAGCCCGGCACUAUCCCAAUGCCACCUCAACCUCACUUCCCGCCUCAUCCCGACCACGCCUAUCAAGUUCCAAUCCCUCAAAUCCAUCCCCAACCUCACCACGUGCCUCAGUCAAUCCCACAACCGAUGCAACACAACCAACCGAUCCCACAUAUCGAGCAACCCAACUUUGAGCAGGAAGAACUGAAAGUUAUAUCACCCGUUGAGGACAAACAAGAAGAGGAAGUAAAAAGUGCGAGCCCGGAGAGGGAGGAUGGAGGGGAACGAAAAACACAGGGACAAGGAGACGGACAGAAUAGAUUUAGACGGUACCGAGGAAACGGAAGGGGCUCAUCUAAUGGGUUUAGAGGUCGAGGAUCAUACACGAACAGGCAGGGGGAGGGAUACCACCCGAGACACAACGACUAUCAGAACAGAAGCAACAAGGACGGCUACCAGAACAGACAAUACAACGACAACUACCAGCCCAGGCACGGGAAGGAUUACUACGGGAACGGAGACAACGGGGACUCACAUCAUAACGAGAACGGCCUGCGUUACAACGACACGAGCUACCAGUCGGGCUUCAAGAGCCGCGGCAGGGGCGGAGCGCGAGGGGGCGCGCGAGGAGCCCCGCGCACGCCACGCACCAACCAUCAGUACAACCGUAAACAGGAAAACGUGGAGUAG